CUGGAAGAUCAAAAAGUAAACAGAGAAGAUCCAUCGGUUAUUCGGUUCCCGGCUUCCCCGGUCAAUUGCGUCUAUUUUUCCGUUCCAAUGAUCCCAUUCGCACGAUCCAAGCACAGGCAGAGUGAGUAAAACGGUUAGGCCAAUCAUGUAGAAGAAAGUAUAGUAGAAACUUAUGAAAACAGGUUGACAUCUGACACUACAUUCAAAUGUAGCGAUUACGCGUCCUUUUCCUUUAGCAAGACCAAAAAUGAGCGCGCAAGAUAGUCAUGAAAUAACUAUCAACGGAGCAAGGCUGCAUGACGCGAUGGCUGCCGACAGCAAAAAAGAUGAAGAAGGUCGGCAACCGCAACAAAUACAGCCUCAAUCGCAACCAAAAACGGAGAUACAGCAAGGAGCUGCGACGUUAUCCACCUCAGACGAACGCCACACUGACAUAUCAGAACGACCCCUCCAAGUACAACAAACACGAACAGACCAGGAAGAUGAGCCGGCUAAUACAGGUAAAAAUGAUCCAGCACCACCUUCUGCGACGAGCUCGAGCACGUGCACAGGAGCCGCUGCACCUAGUAAAAACAAGCGCCAAAUCUGCGGUAAGUGUGACCGACCACAAACCGUGUGUCUCUGUCCCUGGUUGCCGGAGCAGAAACUGAAGAUCCCUAGCUUCACGAAAAUCAUCGUCCUGCAGCAUCCCCAGGAGCAGAAGCAGAAACACAAAACCGACUACUUCCUGUCCAAGUGUUUAGACCGGAUCGAAAUCGUGAAGGGGCGGCGCUGGAGUGAUGAGCUGAAGCGGAAGUUGCGGGUGGACCCGGAAAAGACUUUGUUGCUUUUUCCGUCGAAAGAGGCACUCACGGUCAAAGAAGUUUUCGAAGAUCAGGACGAAUCGAUUCGACGGGCGGAAAACGCCUCCAAAGGAACGAGCCCCGAUGAAGUAAUCCGCGCAGUCCGGAGAGCGAAAAUGGGUUUGCGCAGCUCUUCGUGCGAAGACGAGACGGAGAACCCCGAAGUCACCCCGACCGCGGACAUUUCGGAAUUACCAGGACAGAUUUUGUGGCUCUCACCACGGGACAAGAAGACCAUGAAAUUGAAAAGAAAGGAGAAUAGAGAAGAAAUAAAGGCGAAACAUCAAGUCUUCGCGCAUAAUUUUCAACAUGAAACUACGAGCAAUAAGCAGAUCCAAAGAGCAGGAGCUCCUGCAGCAGAUGAGAAAUUAACAACGACCCAACAACAAGCUAGAACUCCGGCGGCAAGCAGCACCGCCGCCUCCUCUCCGAACGAAACUGGUAGAAGUUCUCCCCGGAUGUUGGACGGUGAAGAUUCUGAGUCGUGGUACGAAAAUUUAUCUCCCCCGAAUGAUGUGAAGGGGAAGUACUACCGCUAUUUAGUCGUUUUGGACGCCAUAUGCAUUGCAAGAGCAUCGUACUAGUAUAAAUUGCAUGACAAAUUUUCUCAGCAAGACAACUGGAAUUUCUCAUGCUGAUUUGCCUUAAGAACGAGAUUUGUAUUGCAUAACUGCAAUUCCAAUUACUACGAGUACGAUACUUUUGCACUGCAUACGCCACUUGGAAGUACGCAGAGGAGAUGGAGUAUGGAUGUGUCAGGUUUGAAAUCGUCAAAGUUGAAAUAGUUUGUCAUGCAUAAAACGGAUACCAGUUAGACCUACAGUUUGUAGUCGGCGCAUGACAAAUUUUCCCGGACCUGGAAGCGAGUCUGUCAUGCGGUUUUGGGCAAAAGAGCUGCCUUCUGUCAUGCUAGUUAGCAGUCCAACUUUUGACCCUUGCCAGGACUAUAAUCUGCCUCCCAUGGGUCCUCUGCAAUAGAGUCACUUUUUGUGUCGCAUUUUACGCAUUACAAAUUGUUUCAACUUUGAGGAUUUCAAACCUGACGCUUCCAUAUGGAGGUGAGCUUUCCCAAAAAAAUCCUCCGCGUCACGCUGGCCUCGGACCGGGAGGGAAUGACCGCCGUACCGCUUCCCGCGCCGGCCUUUCUGGUGCGAAAGCCAGAGAUUUUGAAGAUGAAGAAGCCUGGUUGUGCUGGUGGUGGUGCUGCACCAACAGCUGUCAAUGUAUUACAAGCGACUGCUUCGACUUCGUCGUCAUCUUCCUCGACUGUUGGUACUAGUUGUACCACUAGCCAUGACUUUAAUUCGUCCCCUCCGCCGAUCAUUCUCGGGCACUCGACCGCGGAAGCGCUGGCGUUGUUCUUGGACAAGUGGAAUGACGAGAUUUCCAAGAGAAUCCGGCAGCCGAGCUUUGUGAAGAGAGGGGAAACAUCAAAAGUGACGGCGUAUAACACAGUGAUUCGGCCGUUGCGGCAAUACGUGAAAUUUCAACAGCAGUUCACGGGAGACAACGUGAAACACCGAACAGACCGCCCCGGGUACAUCGAAGGCUUGUACGAAGUAGACCGCACUAGAAGCACCAAGCACUCCGUCCCGUUGGAGAACGAAAAUAAAGAAACUAGAGGCAACGAGAUCAUGAACGACACGACAGCUGCUAUGGCUAAUGAUGGUGGUGGUUUGUGUCACAAUCGGCGUUCCCGCAGUCGCUCUCCGCGACGGCGGGCAACCGAGGCAAAGAACGACGGUGAGAAAAACGAACAAGAAGUAGCACCUACCGCGGACAAAUUAUUCCCGCAGUAGAUGCAAGUUCUCGAUCUCGCCGUGCCUGAGCUUGUUUCUAGAACUCAUUCAGGGUGAUGAACAUGAAGCAAAUCAAACGACACUUUUCUAACGCGGCCACACAAGGACGACCUUGUUUUGUAAAGCGACACGGAUUGUUGACAUUGACAUUGAUUCACG